UCCUUUGAUAAUAUCCUCAUAGCAAAAUCGGACAAGUUGCUUGGCAUGGUCCUAGGGUUUAAUAUUGUCCGGGAAAUGUUAAAAAAUAGAUAGCCUCACCUUUAUACUAGCUCAUAUACCACAUUACUAAUUUAAGACUGGACCAUGAUUGAAUAGAAGCUUUGUGAGCACCAAUCCAUUGAGUUACUUAGGAAUAGCGGAAGGAAACCUUGCGGCCGACUACGCAAAGAAAAUAGCAAAAUAGUAACAGCAAAGGAAUUUUUUUCACGGAAAGAAGAGAAAAAACAAAGAUGGUGAAAGCUGCAUAUGAUCCUGUGCGUAAACUGCCUCGCUAUUUGCGAACAGAAGACCUUCCAGUACACACUUUUACACCCCAAACAUAUCAACUGGAGUUGCUGGAUGCUGCCUUACAUCAAAACACAAUAGUAUGUGUGAAUUCACCUCCUGGGAAAACAUUUAUUGCAGUCAUGCUUAUCAAAGAAAUGGCUAUACAAAUAAGACCAAUGGUACCUGAUAUUGCUAAACGCAAGUUUACAGUAUUUCUAGUAUCAUCAGUCAAUGUAGAGUCACAGGCCAAAGUCGUCUGCCAUCAUACAGACCUGUCAGUCGGUUAUUACACUGAUGAUACAGAAAUAACAGCCGAUCAGGCUGAUAAAUGGAUUCCAGAACUGCUGACACAUCAAGUGUUUGUUACAACAGCUUCAGUUUUUCUCAACAUUCUACAGUGUGAAUUCUUAUCACUUAAUCAAGUAAACCUUCUUCUUAUUGACGAGUGUUCCGAUAUCUGUGUUAGUGAGUCACAUAAAGAGGUAAUGAAAAUCUAUGAAAAAUGUGAAAAAAAUUUACAGCCUCGAAUUGUUGUGUUGACUGCAGUUUUGCUGUCUAGUAAAUGUCGAGACCCUAACGAACUAGAAAACACCAUCAACAAAUUAGAGUCCAUAUUUCACUCAGUUGCUGAGACAUCAACUUUAGUUUUCUCUGAACGCCAUGGCACCAGCCCCAAAGAAAAUGUGCUGGAAUGUAAUAGUGACUUUGAUGAGAUCCAGCAAAUGCCAGAAGUUUCUAUGAUCCUGCAAGAAUCUUUAUUUUUUAUCGACGAAUGUAUCCUUUCUGAGAAGGAGAAAGAAAAUAUUAAAGAUCCUCUGCAAGUUCCUCGCACAGCUCUUGCUCAGUGUCUUAACAUACUCGAUGUCCUAGGACCAUGGUGUGCCAAUCACAUAGCAGAAAUGUUUAUUAAACAGUUAGAAAAAAUUAUUGGACAUGAACAGUCAGAAAUUGGUAAGCUGCUACUACGUUACACAACAACUCAACUCAGGAUUGUGACCAAAACAUUUGAGAAGUUAUUCAACAUUGAUUAUUGUAUUGAUGACUUUUUACCGUUUCUUACUCCGAAAGUUAUUAAAUUGGUGAAUAUUCUGCGUGGUUAUAAACCAGAAUUUGAGUUUGUAAUUUUGAGAGAUGAAAAUGCUGAUGGAAUGGAACAUUCCGAUGACGACACGAUGGACGAUCUAUCUGACUCCGACAGUGAUGACUACGUUAAUUCAUCUCACCACAAGAACGACUUACAUAUCACUUUGAAACACCCAGCUGCUGCUCGAGCAGAGUAUUCCGACUCCGAUCCUUUGGAACAGGAAGAAGAAAAGAGAUUAUGUGGACUUAUUUUCGUUGAUUGCAAAUAUGUCGCGUAUGCGUUAAAUAAGGUAAUUGAAGAGAUCUGCGCGUGGGAUGAGAAUAUGUGCUUUGUUAAGAACGGACACAUCACUGGUUAUAAGUACGGAGCUAAGAGAGAAUCCACGACCUUCCGGAAGCAUGAAGAGGUUUUACGUAAAUUCCGAAUGCAGGAGAUCAACGUAUUGGUAGCGACGUCUAACUUUGAAGAAUGUAUUGACAUACCAAAGUGUAAUUUGGUUGUUUGCUUUGAUCCACCGAAAGACUACAAGUCUUAUAGUCAGUCAAAGGCUCGUGCACGUGCUCGAAAUGCAAGUUUCCUCAUGCUAAUUGACAGUGAAAAAGCACGACCAUUUUUAACAGAACUCAAUACAUACAAAAGAAUAGAACAGGUUUUAUUGCGAAAAUACAUAAAUAAAGCUGAGCCUUCCAAGGAAGAACUUAUACAAAUUCUUGAACAGUACAACAUCCCACAGUCGGUCGUUUUAAAUACCAAUAACAACACAAACAAUAACAACAACAACAACAACAACAAUUCUUCUUCUCCCAUCACACUGUUUUCUGCCAUCUCUAUUGUUAACAGAUACUGUGCUAAGUUACCUAGUGAUGCCUUUACUCACCUCACACCCAAAUGCACUGUUGAAAAGGUCAACGUUAAUAACGAAACCCAUUAUGUUGCUACUCUUAAACUACCAAUCAAUUCUCCAGUGAAGAAAGAUGUUCAAGGAGAUGUAAUGCCAAGAGAAAAGUUAGCUAAAAUGUCUGCUGCGCUCAAAAUGUGCCAAGAACUCCAAAUUCAAGGAGAACUAGACGAUCACUUCCUUCCGGUGGGGAAAGAGAUUUUGAAGCAUGAAGAGAAAGAAGCCCUAAAGGAUCCUCUGAAAUAUGGGGAAGAAGAUGAGGCAGAGUGGGAAGAAGAGGAAGAGGAGGAACUCAUUGGCUGCCCAAGACCAGGCACCACAAAACGAAAACAGUAUUACUUCAAAAAGGCUGCAGAUGCUCUGAUUAACAACCAUGUUGAUACUAACCAGCUUUGUUGCUUAUAUAAUAUUCAUAUGGUACUGACUGGACCGAUCACAGAAGAGCAAAAUACACGUGGAAGGAAGAUCUAUGUUCCAGAAAACACACCAAGAGGGUUUGGAAUCUUGUCUUUGAAAAACAUUCCUCAGGUUCCAUGUUUUCCAGUAUAUACUCGUUCUGGAGAGGUAACUGUAUCUCUUGAUAUGGUUGAGUCAAAUGUAUCAAUAAAUGAAAGUCAACUGAAUAAGCUGACAAUUUUUCAUCGGUUUGUGUUCAGCACAGUACUUCGACUAGAGAAGGAUCCUAUUGACUUUAUGCCUGACGAAGCAAAAGUGGGUUAUCUUAUAGUACCUUUGAUAGAAGAUGACAGUGGACAUCAUAUUAACUGGAAUUUUGUGAAUGAAGUCCAGUUUUCCUUCAGCAGAAAUCAUCCCGAUAUUUAUGAUUCAAAAAGAGAGAAAUUUAAGUUUUGCACUGAAGACUUCGAAGAUGCAGUUGUGAUGCCUUCAUAUCGCAACAUGGAUCAACCACAGCAUUUCUAUGUUGCUGAGAUCAAAUACGACCUGAAUCCAAACAGCCCGUUUCCUUCUCCUGAGCUUUACAGGACAUUUAAUGAGUAUUACUCUAAAAAAUACGGUCUUCAUAUCACUAAUUUGGAACAACCUUUAUUGGAUGUCGACCAUACUUCUGCUCGUCUGAAUUUAUUAACUCCACGUUACAUGAAUCAAAAAGGCAUCGCUUUGCCAACCAGCAGCGCAGAAACGAAGAAGGCCCGUCGAGAAAACUUACAGCAAAAACAAAUCUUGAUUCCAGAAUUGUGUGUGGUUCAUAUCUUCCCUGCUUCUCUGUGGCGUAAAGCCGUGUGUCUUCCUGCUAUUCUUUACAGAAUAAACUAUCUUUUGAUUGCUGAAGAGAUUCGUGUCAAAGUUGCCCAAGGAACCAAAAUUGGUGUUAUUGAAAUUCCCAAAGGCUUUCACUUUCCUAAACUUGAUUUUGGUUUUGAAACCAACCCAGAAAAGAUUAUUGAUAAUAAAACUGAAAGUGAGAUGAAGGUUACAAAAGCCAAGGAAAACGGAACCUGCACUUCUUUGUCGAAGACUGCCGCAAGUUAUAGCAACAAGCUUGUAUUUAAAGAAGUUAAAGAAAACAAUGAAUUAAUAAAAAAUGAUUCAGAAAAUCAGAAAGAUAUCAAAGAAAUGCCAGUAAGAGAAUUGGUAAAUAAUGUUGAGUGCAAGAAAUUAAACUAUAAAAAGCCUUUUAUAAAGAGCAGUUCAACAGAAUCUCUACAUAAAAACUGCAAUAAAGAUGACUGCAACAGACCUUUGAAGGAUUCUAAUAGAAUUCAAGAGGCCCUUAACGCUGCAGCAGGAAAGAACAAUUAUGAGCGGAGAGAAGAUUCCGUUAGUACCUCUUCUAGCAGAAGUUAUAACCAUUCAGAAUUUAACAAUUUUAAAUCCUGCUCUGUGAACAACAGCGAAGAAAGGAAAUUUCAACCUCAACAAUUUACAAAUAAGAAAAAGCAUGAAAAAGAUGCCCAAUGGUCAAAUGAUAACAUUAAAGAGGAGAAACUGAAAGAGGAAAAGAAUAAUAAGUCUUUCUCAAAAUCUCCUUUUACUAACCUGCAAAAUUCUGGUCGAAUUCCCAAUGGCAGUAAAAUGGAUUUUAAGAUAACUUUCGAUAUUGCAAAGGAUUUGAAUCCCAAAGACAGUCUUGAUUCUUUUAAAGAAACCAGUGAAGUUCCCUCUAAUGUUAAAUUUCAGAAUGACACUCUAAAGAAAGAUCUAGAAUCUCUUGAUAUUCGUUUGAUUUGUGAUAACAGAAGCUAUCCUGAAGGAAACGCUUUCCAUCAAAUGGAUAAGCAAAUUCGAAAAGAAAAGAAAGCUUCAAUGACGUUUAGCCAAAUAGAUGACUUUUAUCAGACAAAGUCAACGAAAUCUGAAACGGUGAGUUCUACUACAAAAAUUGUAGAAAUCACAGAUUCAGAAGACCAUCUUAAAGACAAUACUGACAAGCUUUCUAACGGCAACUGUGAUAAAAGUGAAUUGAAAAGCAUAUCUCCUACUUUUAGUCCCAAAAAAGAUCCUGUGUGUAAAACCUCUGUGCAGAAUUCUAAUAACCAAGCAGGUUAUUCUCCAAUUGUAGAAACUUGUAAAGAAUUGAAAAAUAAUUUUAAUAAUGCUCGUCUUCAUUCUUCAAAUAUAACCAUCCCCAAUAGCAACACGGAUUCUGUAAAAGAUGUGGAAGAAAAACUUUGCAGUAACUCAAAAGGAAAUGAGGAAAAUUUAAAGACUUGUACAUCCACCACCACUUUCUCUUCGAAUAAAGACCAACAAUGUAAUUCAUAUACAGCUAGCAAUCCAAAAGAUAGUGUUGCUCUACACUCUAAUUCCACUGCCACAACAUUUAAUCCUCCCCAGGAGAAAACUUUAUCAACAACAUCUCCAGACUCUGUUUCUUCAUCUAGUCAUCAAUUACCAACACCCGCUUCCCAUUCAUUAUCAGUGCUACCUGAGCAAGUGUGUAAUCAUUCUAAUUCAUCAAAUCAGUCUGUAUUUAAUUGUACUCAGUCUACUUCUUCACCGACAGAUGAUGACAAAGCAUCCUCAGAUUCAGAGAUCACUCCAUGUCAGACGGAGCAAACUGCUUCCCACCUUCAGGACUCUACUGACCAACCAGAGGUAGCCGUACAAGACACCUCUGCUCCGGCACCUUUACGUGAUAGAGACCAACGAGAUGUUGAAGCUGUUUCACCACCCAUAGUCAUACAUAAUAAUAAUGAUGAUAAUAAUAAUAAUAAUAAUAACAACAACAAUAUCAAUGUCAUUCAAAGCAAUUCCCCCAUUGAUGCAAAAGUACCCCCCUCUAACACAAACCAAUGCACCACUCCUUUGUCCUCUCAUGAUAACGCCAUCUGUGAUAAUACAAGACACAAUUCCGACUCCGAUGUCUUUCAAAAUAUAACAACAUUCAGUGGCCAGUCAGCAGUAGUAGAUAUGUCUAAAAUAUCUGACUAUGGCCAAUGUGAUGACACAACCAAUGCAAACCUUGUUUACAGCUAUGCUGAGGCUCAGGAAAAACUUGCUCAGUCUUCAAACACACCACCUCUCUUGUUAGACACCGAUAUUGAACUGAGUUGUUACAUUGGUCCAAGUCCAUGCAUUAUUUUGCAGGCGCUUACCAUGUCAAAUGCAAAUGAUUUUUUCAGCCUUGAGAGAUUAGAAACCAUUGGCGAUUCCUUUCUUAAAUAUGCUAUCACUGUUUACCUUUACUGUCAAUACCCAGGUAUCCACGAAGGAAAGUUAAGCUAUCUACGGAGUAAACAAGUAAGCAAUUAUAAUUUAUAUCGUCUUGGUCGUAAGAAGGGUCUUCCUGAGAGAAUGGUUUCGGCUAAAUUUGAACCUUACGAGAAUUGGCUCCCACCUGGUUAUGUUAUUAAUGAAGACCGUAGGCGUGGCCCCGUACACAAAGUUCACAUUUCUUCAAGCAGCAACAAGCAGGACCCCUGUUCACCUGCGAAUCAGUGUGGAAGUGAAUCGGUCGAAGAAGAAAUUCUAUCGUCGUCUUUUGACAAUGAAAAAUUAUCGGCAAAUUUAAACAACGGCAUGAUGAACUUCAUUGAAAACGACAAAAUUCCAAGUCAUGUACGAAAAGCAAAUUUAGAGCAAUGGAAAUUCAACCAAGAACUGGAAGAAUUAAAACAGUCACAAGAACAAGAUGGUGUCAGUGGUUGUGGUAGUUCUACAAAUGAAAAGCCGCUUGUUCCAUAUAGCUUGCAAACGAUUCAUAGCAUUCCAGACAAAAGUGUAGCAGACUGUGUUGAAGCCCUUAUUGGUUGCUAUCUGACUUGCUGUGGGAAAAGAGCUGCUCUUCUUUUCAUGUCAUGGCUCGGACUAAAAGUGCUUCCUCAAAAGCACAUUUUGCAGGAGCAAUAUGAUGAAAAUAUCACUGAACACCAACUGGAUGAGCUGGAAACUCCUCUCUCACCACUCCUCACUCAUACAAUUAACGCUGAAGAAGUUCUUGAACGCUUACUUGAUGGCUAUGAAACUUUUGAGAAAGAGAUUGGCUACAAAUUCUCUGACCGAUCUUAUCUCCUACAAGCUUUCACACAUGCAUCAUAUCAUUAUAACACAGUGACUGACUGCUACCAGCGUCUGGAAUUUUUAGGUGAUGCAAUUUUGGAUUACGUGAUCACUCGGCAUCUUUACGAAGACUCUCAGCGUUAUUCUCCUGGGGUUCUCACUGACUUACGAUCAGCUCUAGUCAAUAACAACAUUUUUGCUGCAUUAGCUGUCAAAUGGAACUUCCAUAAGUUUUUCAAAGCCAUAUCUCCGGAACUGUUUAAUGUGAUUGAAAGGUUUGUUGCUCGCCAAAAGGAAAAGGAAGAUGAAAUAGAUUUUGAUGAAGAAUUCCAAGAUGAAGGAGAAGAAAGUCCUGAUGAAGAAGUUGUUGAAAUGGAAAUUCCCAAAGCCCUUGGUGAUAUAUUCGAGUCUGUUGCUGGUGCUAUCUAUCUUGACAGCAACAGGUCUUUAGAUGUGGUCUGGAAAGUUUACUAUCGUAUAAUGAAGCCACAAAUUGAGAAAUAUUUGAAAAGUAUUCCAAAGUCACCUGUACGAGAAUUAUUGGAACUGGAACCAGAAACUGCUAAAUUUGAAAAACCAGAGAGGACGGUAAAUGGUAAAAUCCGAGUUACAGUCAAAGUUGCUGGUAAAGGUGUUUAUAAUGGUGUCGGACGGAAUUAUCGCAUUGCAAAGAGUGCUGCUGCCAAAAAAGCUUUGAGAAUCCUUAAAACUAUGCAGUCUCAGGGCUUCAUUGCUCAACUGUCAAAUGAAAAGAUGAUGCAAGGAUAACCUGGAUAGAUUGCUAAUCAAGGUACAUCUGUGAUUCCAUAAUCAGCCAUGCGUAUCACGGCAUGGCUGCAGAUCAUUGUUUCAACUACUUGGCACCGAGUGUAUGUGUAUAUAUUUGCUUAAUUUGUGUGUGUGGUGGAGAGUUUGGGUGCAUGAGAGAGAGAGAGAGAGAGAGAAACAAAGUUUAAUUUGUAUGUAAGAAGUAAUCAAGGUUUAAUGUCAGAUAAUGAGUAGUAAGUGUGUUUAUGAUAUAAUAAUUAUUUUUAAUUUAUGAGUGAAUCUUUGCAUUUUUCUGGUUAAUGACAUG